AUGAAAUCCACAUUUAGCACCCCUUUUAAGACACCAACAAGCAAUAAAAAGACUCCAUCAAAAUUUAGAACACCUAGGAGUACUUUGCCUCAAAUAUCCCCAUACAAAUCUGGAUCCCACAUCGAACUUUUAAAUAAAAUACCAAGAGAUAAUAUAGAAAGCAAAAUUUUUAAAGAUAUGCUGAUGCCUGAGACGGAUAUAGCGAUGAGACUUCAGUCUUUAGCGGAAGCGCUUUACAAAUUAUCUACCGGGCGCGAAAAAUUUAACCACGUUAUUAACAACAUCAUUAAAUUCAGUAACCAUUUCUUAAAACUUGAUAGAAGUUAUGAUGAUCUUAUCUAUUUAUACUAUUCUGCAGCGGAUUGUCCACAAGAUUCACUAUUACUACUUCUCUCAAUCGGGGCUCUAUAUUAUCUUAGCGGAAGAACUGUAAAGCCAGAUCAACUCGAAGAAUCACUGCGAAUUGCUUCGGAGCUCAUAUCUCAAACCCCGGCAUUUUCGUUAUGGGGGAAAGAUCAAAGCACACCACGAAAAUUACUUAAAGAUAUCAUACUUAUAUUCAAAGGUCAUCGAAUUGACUUCAAAAUCGAUUUUAAUAAAUACGAACAACCUGAAUCUCCUGAAAGAGAAACAGAUUCACCAAUGCUUUUAUCAGGUAUGGUUGUUGAAAACAUGUCUCCACCAUCUGCUUCACCUCCGCUUAAAACUCCAACAAAAAAUCAUAGAAGAUCUAGUGGUGGGCUAAGAAAUAUGAAUGAUUUCGUUGGUAUUGAUGGUAAGAAAUCUUCAAUCUCGCCUAAUGUUAGCAGAAAUAUAUUCAGAAGGUUAACCAAAGAAGAACAAAUUAAAAUUAUUCGAGAUGAUAAUAUAAACGAGUUAAUUCGUGCAGGAAGACAAUCAAUGUAUUAUGCAGAUUAUGAUGAAAGAGACAAAUACUUCGACUUUAUCGAAAAACAUUUUCAAGGUUGGGAUAACGCAUAUGAAGGGACAUGUGAGUCAUGGAAAACCUUCAUAAAUGAAGAUGAUUUCGAUUUGUCUAUGCUUUUAGCCCAAGUUCCAAAUGAAUAUCUCCAAUACAUUUGGUGUGGAUUUCGUUAUCUAUGUCUUAGAUUAUAA